AUGCCCUCUCCAGAGGAUUUUACUAACCUGCGCAGGCGUCAACCCGUUCUUGACGAGAAGCAUCACAGUGACAAUGUUACUACGAUCGCCACAAGUGCUUCUCCCGCGCCAUUGGGGUACCUCGGAGCGCGUGUCUAUAUCCUGCUGGCUUCCGUAGCCCUCUCGCUGUUUAUUUACUUUCGCUCUCGGUCGGCUGCGCCUUUGCCAGAAGUUUACGCUCUGUGUUCUUCGGAUGGCGCCAAUAUUUAUACUAUCGACGAUUCUAAUGCACGCGUGGAGUGCCUUGUUGUCCGCGAGUAUUAUUUCGUCUAUGCAGGCUCGCUAGACGAAGUGAAGGCGCGUUGGAACGGUGCCACUUCCUUGUGGAAUGCCUCCUCAGGACAUGCUACGACCCUUGAGAUUCGGUACACUGAACCUGGCCAAAUAAUUGUUCCGGGAUUGAGUGAUUCACACGCCCACAUCCUCGAAUACGGUGCAACAAAGCUCAUGCCUAUUGAGGGCGCUAAGACUAUUCCAGAUGCCGUGCAACGCGUCAAGGACUACGUCCUCACCCAUCCGGACAUCCGCGACGACCGAUUCCAGUAUGUCGAAGGUUGGGGCUGGGACCAUACUCAGUGGCCACAAGAGGGGUUCCCAAGCUAUAAAUAUUUUGAAGCCGACCCCAUUGUGGCAGACCGCCUUAUCAUCUUGCAAAGCAAGGAUGGCCAUGCUAUGUGGGUUUCGCGGAAGGUGGUCGAGUCUAUGGGGCCAUUGCCAAUGGAAGUUGAUGGUGGCGUCAUUCUCCGCGACUCUGAGGGCAACCCUACAGGUGUAUUCCUGGACAACGCUCAGGACCUAAUCAAGAAGCCCAAGCCCACUUAUGAAACGCUCGAGAGACGAUUCAUGGCGACCGUUCAAGAAGCACUUAAGCGCGGCCUGACUGCGAUCCAUGAUGCGGGAUUAGACCCCAUCUCCCUUGAAUUCUUCCGAAAGCGUGCUAACGCUGGCAAAUUGCCGAUCCGUAUCUACGGCAUGACGUACUUCAAUGAGAGCGCCGACUACUGGGGGGAUAGGACAACCAAAAUCGUAGGUGCCGCAGAUAACACGCUUACUAUACGGAGCAUUAAAGUAUUUGCGGAUGGGGCUCUCAGGUCCGGCGGCGCAGCGCUAUAUGAACCGUACGCGGAUCAUCCUACCACCCGGGGUGUCAUGCGCAUCUCCCCAGAGACGCUGAAUGAGAUAGUUCCGAAGUUCAUGAGAGAUGGAUGGCAGGUGAAUGUACAUGCUAUCGGCGACCGUGCAAACGGUGUCGUUCUGGAUGCAUUCGAGGCUGCGUUGCAGGAGGCUAAUGUGACGGCGCUCCGGCCGCGACUCGAGCAUGCCCAGAUUUUGACCGAAGCUGACAUGGUACGCUUCGGAGACCUGGGAGUCAUCGCAAGUAUCCAACCGACGCAUGCCAUCAGUGACAUGUGGUACGCAGAAGAGCGGCUAGGUGCCGAGCGUAUGAAGGGGCUGUAUGCAUUCCGCAGCAUCAUUGACCACGGCGCAAGGAUUACACUUGGCACCGACUUCCCUGUUGAAGAUCUGAACCCGCUCGCAACCUUCUACGCUGCAGUCACGCGGCUGUCGCCGGAUGGCAGCUCGCCCCAUGGUCCGGGCGGCUGGUUCCCUGAGCAACGCAUGACUCGAGAAGAGACCCUGAAGGGCAUGACCAUCGACCCCGCGUAUGCAUCAUUCACGGAAACCACACUCGGAUCCAUCGCGGUUGGCAAGCGCGCGGAUUAUAUCGUUCUCUCGCAGAAUAUCAUGACCGUUCCUGCAAAUCAGAUUCUUGACACGAAGGUGAUAGCCACGGUUAUCGACGGUAGACCAGUGUAUGGAGAGAUUUGA